AUGGCAGAAAGAACAUUAGAUUUUAUAGAACAGAGAAAUUCAGUUAGAAAAUUAGUAACUUGGCCCUGGAAUUUUGUGUUUGGCUUACAAAGUUUCCAAACAGUCCAGCACAUAUAUAACUUCACUGCCAGAACAAUAUUUGCAGCUUCAAGUCUAAUCCCAUUUUUAACCACCUACAACACCCAUUAAUUUGCAUAUGCUGAAAACUCUGUGCGUCUAACAAGAUAUAGGAAUUAUCACGAUGACAUUAUCUGAUAUUAUUCAAACACAUUCAACCAAAUCAUUAUCAAAAUCUACAUAA